AUGCCCCGAAGACGUGUCCCCUGGGGGGUGAAGACCUGUCCACUGGGGAGUGAGGGCGCAAGCUUGGCCCCUAGGGGUGAAGACGAAGCUUGGGGUGAAGACGAAGCUUGGCCCCUGGGGGUGAAGACGAAGACGUGUCCCCUGGGGGUGAAAGAUGAAGCUUGGGUUGAAGACGAAGCCUGGCCCCCGGGGGUGAAGGAAGACGUGUCCCCUAGGGGUGAAGACGAAGCUUGGGGUGAAGACGAAGGCUGGCCCCCAGGGUACGCCGGUAAGGGUACUUCCGACUUUGAGUCCUGCAUCGACACCGGCCUCACCAAGUGGCUCGCGGCCAUCGAGCAGCGAUACGCAGGCAAGGGCGUCGACAUGAAUCUCGGCAGGCAGGUGCACUUUGGCGCCCUCGACACGCUCGGCGAGGUUGCCUACAGUCGCCCCCUGGGCUUCGUGGCGACCAACGAGGACCAGGGGCAGUUUAUGAGGAUCAACGAGGCCAUGCUGCCCGUCCUCAUCACCAUGAGCAACUACAGCAGCCUCUUCUGGUGGAUCAGGAAAUGGCCGCUUAAGUACCUGCUCCCGCGUGUCGGUGACGACGUGGGGUUGGGUGCGGUGCUGACCUACACCCAGUCCAUCAUCGACGAGAGGCUAAAGCCCGGCGCCGAGCCGAAAAAGGACAUGCUACAAAUCUUUAUCAACAACGGCCUCAACAGGGAGGAGCUCCUCUCCGAAGUCGGCUUGCAGUUCUUCGCCGGCUCCGACACGACGUCCAACACCAUCAGCAUCACCCUCUAUUACCUCCUCAAGCACCCGCGCACGUUACAGACGCUGCGUGCCGAGCUCGACGCGGCCGCAGCCGAGGGCCUCGCCCCGCACGGCGAGAUCAUCAAGGAUAGCGUGGUCAAGAACCUGCCGUACCUGCAGGCGUGCAUUCGCGAGAUGCUGCGGUUGCACACGCCGCUGGCCUCGGGCCCGUUCCACAAGGCGGUGCCCGUGGGCGGCGACACAGUGUGCGGCUACCACCUGCCGUACGGCGCGCGCGUGUCGACCAACGGCGCCGUCUACGCUAUGGGGCGCGACAAGGCCUUUUGGGGUCCCGACACCGACAUGUUCCGCCCCGAGCGCUGGACCGAGGCUGACCCCGUCAAGAGGCAGCGUAUGAUUGAUAUGACGGACCUGGCGUGGAGCUAUGGCGCGUUUGCGUGCCCCGGCAAGGCGAUUGGGCUGAUGGAGGCGGGCAAGACCAUUUCCGAGGUUAUCCGCCGCUUCGACAUCACCUUCGCUAACCCCAGCAAGCCCGUCCAUUUCCGAUCCGCCAUCGCCUGGAUGAUCCACGACUUCUGGGUCAGAAUCGAGAAGCGCGAGAUUCUGAACGAGCCUGUUUCAGAGAAGACUGACGAAUGA